CCACUUAUAGAUGAAGGCAGGCACGUGUGUUCGCCCUUGAUCUUCAACCAUGCCCACCGACCUCAGUGGCACCUGGAACCUGCUCAGCAGCGACAACUUCGAGGGCUACAUGCUGGCCCUAGGCAUUGACUUCGCAACUCGUAAGAUAGCCAAACUGCUGAAACCACAGAAGGUGAUUGAACAAAAUGGGGAUUCCUUCACUAUCCACACGUACAGCAGCCUCAGGAACUACCUCAUCCAAUUCAAUGUUGGAGAGGAAUUUGAAGAAGACAACAAAGGCCUGGACAACAGAAAAUGCAAGAGCUUGGUUACCUGGGACAAUGAGAAACUCACCUGUGUGCAGAAGGGGGCGAAGCAGAACCGAGGCUGGCGCCAUUGGAUUGAAGGAGACACACUCUACCUGGAGAUGUUCUGUGAAGGCCAAGUGUGCAAACAGACAUUCCAGAGAGCCUGAUCCACACCCAGCAGUGCAGCCCGUGCGUGGCUACAGCUUAAUGCCAAAUCAUAUUGCAGAAUGCACACGUUUGUCUUGGUUUGGUGAGAAGGGGCUUACAAUUGGGAGAGAGGUCAUGCAACUUGAACUAGAAGCCAUUUGAAUUGUAAAAAAAAAAAAAAUUCUCCUUCAAUAAACCUAUCCAAGUGACU